CUUUUUGGGUUCGAUUUUGAUAUAGUUCCAUUUUUUUCUGAAUACAGAAAGUUUCGCAAUUUUUUGCAAAACUUAUUUUUUUUUAAGAAACCAGAUUUCAGUAAUUCUUUAAGUCUCUUUGGACGUGGGAAUUCGAUGGUUCUUUCAGGUUUUUUUAGAGGUUACAUUCUGACAGUUUUUCGGAUUUCUCUAGAUAUUGGAUUUUGGCGUUCUCCCAAAUCUUUGGAUAUGAAAUUUCGUGCAGCAAUAUUGAACAAAAACAUAGAAUUUUAUAGUUCAAUUUCAUACACGGUUAUUAAAGACAAUCAAGAACCUGUACGAUUAAAACUUCAUAUUGGUGAUAUUGUAGAUAUUGUAGAUCUAAAUGAAGAAUCUAAAGGUGUCGCAUAUGCUAAAAUUGAAUUUAUUAUUCAACAUAAAGCAAACAAUGGUCAAAUUUUACACUUUUUUAUUUAAUUAGUUUCAGGUGAUGAACUCUGUUGAUUCUAUAUCAAGAUGCCCACUUUAUAAUCAGAAGCUGGAAGAAUCACGUUGGUUUUGAAUCUUUCCAAUCAAUUUUAUUGAUCACAUGUCUCAAGUUCACUUUAUUCACGAAUGUAAAAGUACAUGUAGCACCAAGCAUAAUGAGGCUAAUCGAAGUUAUGUUUUAAAUAGUUUUUAUUAUACUGCAGUUUAAUCAGCUAGACAACUAUAUUGCUAACAUUAU